AUGGCGUCGACAUUGACCGAGUCCUGGAUCCAAGGCCCUCAUUCCACCAAUUUUUUCACUCGUUACUUCAAGGCCGACAGUCCCAGGGCCGUCAUCGUCUUCGUUCAUGGUUUCGGGGAACAUUGCAGUCGAUAUACCGAGCUGCACUCCCAAUUUGCUGAGCGUAAUGUCUCUGUCUUCACCUAUGACCAGCGGGGCUUUGGGAGGACGGCACUGGACAAGGAGCACAAGAGUAAAGGCAGCUCGUAUGCCAGAACAAGCUGGGUCAACGAAAUGGAAGACGUUGCUUGGGCUAUCCAGCAUGUGCAGAAGGAGCUUCCCGGAAUACCCGUGUUCCUCAUGGGACAGUCCAUGGGCGGUGGAGAAGCCUUGGGAUUCCCUACUGAAGGAAAGACUUCUCCUUAUGUUUCGACAAUCGCGUCUUUGUCCGGCGUCAUAGCUACGAGCCCUAUGGUUGAGCAGACGUUUCCUGUCAAUAAGCUCUUGCGUUGGAGUCUCAGCAAAUUGGCCUUCCUCACUCCCUAUGUUCUCUUCCCGGCGGAUCUUAUUCCUGAUGAACUGUCUCGCGAUACUUCUGUCGGUGCAGCCUACGUGAAGGAUCCUCUCGUAAAACCCUCGGGAAGUCUCCUUGGUCUGAUGGACAUGCUCGAUCAUGGCGAGGACCUUCUGAAAUCACGAUGCCAUCAUUGGCCCAAGAAGCUUCCUUUGAUCAUCUUUCAUGGGACGAAUGAUAGGAUUACAAGUCCGAAGGCAAGUCGGGCAUUUUUCGACGCAGUCGGCACGGAGGAUAAGAAAUACGUAUCAUACCCCGGUGCAUUCCAUGAGCUCUCUAAUGAGACAGAAGACGGCGUGAAGGAUAAAUUAUUGGAGGAGUCUCUGGCUUUUAUUGAGGAGCAUCUUAUUCUUAUUCCAGAGACGUCGAAAUUAUAG